GUGGUAGGCUUGGUAGAUAGGGAAUGGAAAUACCAGAAGUAAACAACAAAGCUAAAAAUCAGCAUCACUAUCUCUUUUCUAAAUGCAUGGAUUAAGAGCUAAUUUAUUCGUCAACUGAAUACUUUGAAUUGUUUUUGUAAAUUAUUUUGCUUUAGUCAUUAGUUUUUCAUGAUCAAUAUGACUAGUCAAAAUCAUAAUGGCUCAUCAUUGCAGAGUAACCUCAAAGAUUUAGAUGACAGUGAUCAAGAAGUCAAUGGGAAAAUCAAGGUCAUCAUUCACCAGGACUUACCCGAGGUGAAGCAGAAGAAGAAAAAUGCCGAACGUCCUCAUUUCAUUACAGAUGGCAACAAAACGAUUGCCGAACCAGACGACAUUAUUACACCUCUCAGCGAAGAAUCGAGUCCAGCUAGGCACUGGAAUGAAGAUAAAUUUUCAGUGGAACUUUCUGAAAAUAAAACAAGCAGUUAUCCUUUAAAAUUAUUCCUCUGUUGUGGAGAUCUUAUCGAUCCAGGUAGUUUCACUGUUGGCAGGCUGUUUGGUAUUGUUUCAUGCUUUCUGUUUUAUGUUGGCAAUCUGGUAUCAGAUGCGAUGGUGUGCUAUUUUCUCUUCCUACAUGGAGACAUGCUUUGGUUUUCUCUUGUAACAGCCUUCACCAUCAUUCCUACGGUCAUUUUGAACUGCAUAAGCUACCACUUAUCGAUAAACAAGAUGAUUGUCAAACGUUCCAUUUGGGACCAGUCUGAGUCCUAUGUAGUCAGUGUCGCUGUUGCAUUACUACAUUUGUCUCAGUUUGGUGUUCUUGCCAGGUAUUUGGGGUACAUUUUCCUGCACGAGUUGGAAUAUUUGUGGGUCGUGUUUUGCCCGAACCAGAAACGUAAAGAUUACGAUCACAAUAGUGGAAAGUACAUUGAAUUGCCAUACCUACCCUAUUUAUUCAUGGUAGAGGCCAUGCUUCAAUGUCUCCCUCAGCUAAUCAUCCAACUUUAUAUUCUUAUUGAAGGAGAUGGUGUUCUGACGCCUGACACAAGCCAGAUGUUGGUGAUAUCGGUGAUAGUCUCUUUUUUGAAUUUGACACGCCUAUUGACGCUGUGCAUGCACACUCACAAGAAUUUCAAUACUAGUUGGAGUGGCCUGUUCUUCUCUUUCAUGUGGUACUUCUUUACCAAUAUUUCCAGAGUGGUAUCGUUUUCUCUUUUCAUGGUGAAAUUCACGUUGGGAUUCGUCAUACUUUGCCUAUUCCACUGGGUCAUCAUGAGUGUGUGGGCUGUCAGUGCCUUAACUCCUUCUAUCCCCUGCUGCACGUUUUCAGGUUUCUGCAAAAACUGUUACAAGUACUUAAAAGGGCUUUUGGUGGGCUUCAUGUAUUUAUUAUGCUUCAUGGAGCUCAGAAUAGUGGACGACUCUGAGAAAACCACUAUGCCAUCUCAAUACUUAUAUAUUUUCUUUUAUUCUGUGAUAUUUUUAGAAAAUUCUGUUCUGAUCGUGCUGUGGUAUAUAUAUUGUAGCUAUGUUUGGUACAGUGUUGUAGCUCUGUGUGUUACGUUUCUCAGUUUUUUUAUUGGUGUAUUGCUAAUGUAUGUUUACUACCGACAUUUUUAUGACAUUGUUACUUGUAAACAAUGGCCAAAUGUAUUUCUGUUUCCCUCAGCUAGAAAUAGGGUUGUAUGAUCACAUUGUUCAUCUGAAUAAGUGCCAUAAUUGCUCUUAUUGAAUUCUUAACAGUAUUAUGAAUGUUUUUUGUUUUUUUUUUACCAAAGAGUAUUUUCCUUUCUUUAAUUUUAUUGUGAGUAUUUUUAAAUUGUGUAUGUUUUUUUAUAAAACACUAUUGUAUAUGUUUUUAUAUUCAAUUGUUGUUCCUUUAGAAUUUGAGCUAUAGAGAAGAGAUAUCAAUUGGACAUUGGUCUUAGCAAUAAUUAAUGAAAACAAAACGUUUAAUUUUAUAGAAUAUUUUGAAAAAUAGUGUGGACUUAAUAUGAAUUUAAUAUUAGGGGAUCAGAAUUUUGAAAUCUCAGUUGAACUAUUACUGCCAUUUUUUGAUAAAGCGGAUAAAAAAUAGUUUUUAAAGAUGUGUUCAGAGUGGUAAAUAGGAAAUUUUACCGUUAUUAGAGCUUCAACUCAUAGCAUCCUGUUUAAAUGUGAUGUAAUCUUUUUUAAUCUACAACAAAAUUUUUGGAAAAUUUUUUUAUCGCUUAGUUUACAAAUUUAUAAAGCUAUUGAAUGAAAUAUAUUAAAACAUUGAACCCAGCAUCAACAAGUUUUUAUUUGCUUUUAAUUACAUAAGGUAGCAAUUUAGCAACACUUAGCUAAAUAAAGAAAUAUAAAUUUGUAUUUUAGAAUUGAGAGAAGGAAAAAUAAUUUAUUUUUCAAAAGUAUAUGUCAUUGGGACAAUAUCAGUUUUGCUAUUGAUAUUCAGAGCUCUGAAAAUAACAACAUAUAGAAAUCAAGCAAUUUUCA